AUGGAUUCUUUCAUCACCGCAUUCUUCACCAACACCCCAGUCGAGGUCGAGCCUGCCAGCACGACCCCCAUCGAUUCUGAUAACGGGAAUAGCGGCGGUUCCUACUGCGUCGUUGCUUGA